AGAAGAAGAGAAACACGCUGGCAGAAUUUUCGGAUCGGGCUGCUGGAGGGCCCUGAAGUACCUGGACUUUGCUUCCUUUUGGGGAUUUCUGCCAUUUCUGACUUCUCCUUAUCGCUUCUGGGAUGGGGAGGAAGUGACACAAUCAGCUUUCUUUCUUUUUCAGAAACGGAGAGUAGGGAAAUGCAAACCCUGAGGGUUGGAUCUACCUCUGUAUGAUACCAGGAGUUUUGAAGGGAACCUUUGAAUCGCUAUGGCCCCUGGUAAAAAUGAAGUGGGGACAGACAAAAAAGACGAGUUGCCUUUCUCAGUCUCGUUCUGCUGGAGUCAAACAGAGGACCACUCUGCUCACCGGAGGGAAGAACUUCUCAACGGUCAAGUCCUCAUGGUCCUGUCUGCUCGCAAGGCCUGCUCGCCUCCCCGUUUUGAUAUGAAUCUUUGUGCAGCGAGACUGAAGAGCUUGGGAAUCCAGAUGACAACUGACCAGUGGAGAAAUUUAGUCCAAUCUGCAGUUCUGGAGCCAGAAGUGAGAAAGUACAUGUUCUACAACUCCAGAGUAUUUGGGAUAGCCAUUGCUGUGGUUUUCUAUGUGACUCUCUGGAUAAAUCUGUAUUCCACUCUGCAAAUAUAUUCCCUAGGACAGAACUGGAAAAUCAGUAUCUUGGUUACUUUAGCGGCCCUCGUGGCUGCCUUGGUCAUCAGGUUCAUCAUUCAUCAUCAGCAGGGAAAGAUGAAUAUGAAUACAGAUAUGAGGUUAGUGGCUGCCAACGAAGUUUUAAUGAAACAUGAAUUGCUGGUGGGAGUCACUGACAAAUUGGACCAGCUUCACAGCAUCCCACAGCUGUGGUUUGUUCAUUUCACCGUGGAGCCGUGUCUUCAGUCUUUAGAGGAGUCAAUUAUAAAUAUGAAGAGGAACCAGGAGUCUGUUCUGUGGCACAACCUGGACGAGCUCUGCCUUGUGACCGAGACCGCCAUCUUCCCAGCACAGGAAGAGAGAGCCGAAAGCUCUUUAGAGGAGUCACCUUUGCUGCCUGACACCAAGAAUAAAAGCAGAAGUGCCCUGACAUGCCGAGAGCUCCUCCAGCUUAUCCCAGAUGGAGCCCCCAAGGUCAUGGCCCUGCAGCUGUUGACAAUCUACAGUGGCUAUUACGUCAGGCUCUUGGUUAGCAACCAACUACCGGAGGUCCCCGUGAGACGACAUGUGAUGUUUAACCACAUCCCCUGCCUUUGCCAGUUUAUUGAGUUGACAGUGCUGGGGAAGAGAUGCUUUUCAUUCAAGCUGAGGUGACCCGCAGCCAACACAACAUUAAUCUGUUCUCUCUGCACAGAGUCAACCAGCAGGGAAAGGAGAGAGGCAACACCCACAAUCCGGGGGUGGGGGGGGAGGGAGAAUGCUGAUUGUUCUCCGUAAGCCAGAGUGGUUAGCAGAAAUUUCUUGGAGGCAUCCAUGUCUUCACAUAAGGGAUACAUUUUAAUACUAAGUUAAGAGAAGGGUCUGUCGAAUCUAGUGCUCUCUACCCAGUGACCAGUGGCAGCUCUCCAAGAUUUUCCCAGAUUUGAGAUCCUUGUUGUGGAAAUGCUGACGUUUCAACCUGGGACCUUUUAGAUACAAAGUGGAUGCUCAAUCACUGGAUGAUAACUGUUCACGGGGAGAGCAGGAAAGCUGGUGGAACUUCAGUUGGGAAAAUCUUGAACCAGACACCAUACUCAACCUGUGGCCUAGAUCCACACCGCUGUAGUACUGCUGUUGCCAGCUGUUGAUCUGUCAUGCAGUGCACACUGGAAACAUCAUCUUACUGACCAAAAAAAAAAAGGAGACGUCUGGGCACCAGAGUGGACUGUUGGCUACAGAACAAAGGAUUGGGUCCUGCCAAACUCUUCUGUGAAUGGGGGCACAAUUUUCACUGUUGUCCCCCCCCCCCUUCACUGCAGACAUCCAACUUGUUCCUGGUGAACUCCCAUGUCCCAGGAUCAGCAUUUCAGGGGGCAUAUAGAGCUACAUGGGUGUGUGUGAGAAAGUCAUGCUCUGGUGAUGGAAAGCCUUCUGUCAGUGGUAGCUUUUGGCAGCGUCCAAGAAUAUGUCUUUAACAAAAGCAUCUUCUUGUCUAGCAACUUGGAGUGCAACAAAUUUCUUAAGGUCAGGCUACAUAACUCUAGAGUUCAACGACUGGAACUCCAGCAUUAUGUGAUUUCAAACUCCUGAAAUGCUGUUUGGACCAAUAAAGAGUAACUGUAGGGGGAAGGUACGGAUGAGCUACAGUUUUAUGGUGUGGAGUUAACUAUUCCUUCCGGUACCAUUUCCCCAAUCAAAAAUGCUCUCCUCACCACUGGAAAAGACAGUGAUGCUGGGAGAAGUUGACGGCGGCAGCAGGAAAAGAGGAGGAUGGAUUGACUCAAUUGUGGAAGCCACGACCUUCAGUUGGCAAGAUGUGAGCAAGGCUGUUAAUGAUAAACACAAUAAGGGUAUCUGUCUUUUCCCCCGUAGUGGGACUUAAAGAAUCUGGUAAGGGGGACAUUUUUUUUAUCUAGGAAAUUGAGCAAGGGGACGUGUUAACCUCUCCUUCUCCAGCACCAUGGCCCUGAUCCACAUCACUCUGCCCAAUGGCUGCUUUUUAGAGCCGGGGAACACAUCUGGAAUUCCAGUCAUCGAACUUUGCCCGCCUGGGCAGUUCAGUUCAAUUUCUUUCAUCUGCACAUGGGGUUGGGGGAAGAAGUGAAUUUGGUUUAGGCUGCAUUAGCUUCUAAUAAGGGAAGCUUAAAGCAGCAGUCCGUGGUGCUCCGGGCAUGGUGGACGUUGGGUGUGCCCCAGCUGGACUAUGGGAUUUGGAACCAUUUCUCCUUGAC